CGCUUCUAUGCUUCAAUCGUCCAACAUUCUGAUAAAACUGACUUAGGUUAGGUUAUGCAAUUUCAAGACUCCAAAUAGACACACAGAUUUAUGACUCGUCAAAUAUAUGGAAUAGAUUACAGCUUGUCGUGUAUAAAGAUUCAAAGAAUAAAUAAGACGUUUGUUUCGAAUCUUGAUGCCCGCCACAAUGAUUAUCCGCGUUAGCCGAUUUGCUUCCCAAAUGUGCAAGCGAAGCAAAAGGCUCGACGAUUAUCAAAAAUACACGAUCAGACACAGCUGCACCCGAACGAAUCACAAGAUAUUAGAACGCCUAAACGAUCGAUGCUUACUACAUGUGAGCGGCAAUGAGUCGUCCGAUUUCUUGCAAGGAUUAAUCACAAACGAUAUGAAGCACCUGGAAGAAGGUGCCUCCAACAUCUACACCUUGUUCUUGAACGUCAAAGGUCGAGUGUUGUACGACGCUAUAAUAUACAAGAGCGAGAAAAGCAGUUCGUAUUACCUAGAAUGUGACUCGCAAAUCGCCGAGUCUUUGCAAAGACACCUCAGAUUGUAUCGCGUGAAACGAAAGAUAGACGUGGAACAUACAGGUGACAAAAUCAACAUCUGGACGAUGUUCGAUUCAAGCAGCCGUUUCGAUCAUGGAUCGGCCGCGCUGGAUGAGAAUGGCAAACGCAAGGUUGAAGGGAUGAUCUUUCCGUGUGGCACGCUAAACAAUAAAGCUAGCAAGUUCGUCGACAACAUCAUGAUCUUCGAGGAUCCCAGACUACCUGAUCUAGGCCUAAGGAUUUUAGCCGAGUCGCAUAUCGGGACACACGAUAUAAUCAAGCACUUGGACGACGACGUGAUCUCAUCGGAAAACGCCAGUGACUACAGAGCGUUUCGAUAUAAACUAGGAGUGGGCGAAGGUGUGCAAGAUCUGCCACCCGGGAAAGCGUUGCCUCUGGAGAUCAAUUGCGAUUAUCUACAUGGCGUCAGCUUUCACAAGGGCUGCUACAUCGGUCAGGAACUAACGGCGCGCACAUAUCACACUGGCGUGGUAAGGAAACGGCUGAUGCCCUUGACGUUUGAAAACAUCGCAGAUAAACCGCUGUCAUACGACGAGAAAAUCCUCGAUCAGUCCGGCAACGUGGUGGGAAAGUUUCGGGGCUACACCGAGAAGCAUGGAUUGGGCUUGAUGCGUAUCAACGAAUCUCUGAGUGCUCAGCAGCUGAAUGUAGCGGGUGUGAACGUGAAAGUGACGAAACCCGCUUGGUGGCCUCAAGAGCCUCAGAAGGAGACAAUCUCUGCUAAAGAUACGUAGUGAUGUGAGGAGGACCUGAUGAAAAUCGCAUGUUAUAUUGACGGAUUGUCGUUACGAAGGCACAGAGAAUCAUAAUAGUCACAUGGAAUUGUGUGUUAUAUAGAGCAUAUAAAAUCAAAGUCAAAGCGAUAUUAUGUUAAAAAACCGACAGAGUACGCCAUGUAUUAUACUUGUUUGGACUCUACUUCUUGUUAAUUUGUAGGACGGAAGAAUCCGUUGACGUGCCAGCGGGCGAAUCCAGCGGACGAGGUGA